GUGGCGGCGCGGGCCUCCCGCGGCUGCCUGGGCGGUGACGGGCGCGGGCGGGUGGCAAUCAGGCCAUGCGGACGGCUGGCGACCCGGGACCCCACGGCCCUUCUCUCGUCCAUCGCGCCGCGGUAACCCGGAGCCCGCGGGCCUAGCGGCGGCCUUUGUUCCCUGCAUCGCCGUCUGCCGAGCUCCGCCCGGCGCGGAUGCAGCUGCUCCGCCUGGGCUCGCGCUCGGAGCUGGAGGAGGAGCGGCGGCUCCCGGCGGCAUGCGAUGGGGAACUGCUGCUGGACGCAAUGCUUCGGGCUGCUCCGCCGAGAAGCGGGUCGGCUGCAACGAGCGGGCGGAGGAUCAAAGUAUUUUAGAACAUGCCCAAGAGGAGAACACUUGACCAUAGAGUUUGAGAAUCUUGUGGAGAGUGAUGAGGGGGAGAGCCCAGGAAGCAGCCAUAGGCCACUUACUGAGGAGGAAAUUGUUGACUUACAAGAGAGGCACUAUGAUUCUAUUGCUGAAAAGCAAGAAGCUUUAUACGCUGCCCAGCGUGAAGCAGCCAGGGCAGCAAGGCAGCGAAAGCUCCUGGAGCAAGAAAAGCAGAGAGUUGCUCAGCACUAUCAUUCUAGCAGUGGAGACUAUCAAAGUGCAGGACCAGAAGACGACUUUGAAUCUUCCAUAAGGAAUAUAAAGUCACAGUACGAAGUUUUUCGGAGUAGUAGACUCUCAUCGGACGCAACAGUGCUGACACCAAAUACUGAAAGCAGCUGUGACCUAAUGACCAAAACCAAAUCAACCAGUGGGAAUGACGACAGCACCUCCUUAGACCUGGAGUGGGAGGAUGAAGAAGGGAUGAAUAGGAUGCUGCCUAUGAGAGAGCGCUCCAAGACAGAGGAAGACAUCCUGCGGGCAGCACUGAGGUACAGCAGCAAGAAGGGCAGCAACCCCACAUCUGCCUCGGACGACUCCAACGGGCUGGAGUGGGAGAAUGACUUUGUCAGUGCUGAGAUGGAUGACAAUGGCAACUCUGAGUACUCC